AGUCCCGUCCUCUCGGUUUCACUCCUCCGUUAAACCUCCUGCUGCUCCUCAUUAAACUAAUUAAACUAAUGAAGGUGAUUAAACCGGACCAGAGCUGCAGCUCCACAUCCUCCCCGGACUCCCGGAUCAUUAAAUCCAUCUCCACAGGAUCUGCAGGACUUGUUUUCUGCCGUUUAUCUCUCCGGGUUUCCUGCGCCAGCGGAUUCAGUUUCCAGCCUGAAACUCACACGCGAGCACGAUUUUGGAUUCAUUUUCACUGGUUUCACAUCGGGAUCGCGUCCGAGCUCCUGGGCUCCGACUCCAGCAUCAGACAGAGGAAAGUGCUGCGAGGUAUUAAAUUAUUCUUUUGUCUCUGAUUUGUUCUUGUUUCCUGUGUUUUUGUUUUGAUGUUUCGGUCAAUCGUCGCACUUUUCCUCAUCACUUCGCCGCUCUGCGGAUUUUUAAGACACGUUUUCUACUUUUCCUCCAGCACCUGACUGAGUCACGGUGAUUCAGACCGGAGGAUGUUUAUAGGCUUUUUUUUUUCCGGAUUUAAAAUGUUUAACAGCUUCUGUUUUCUGCCUCUGAAUAUCUCUCACCUGGAUUCUACUGGAGCUUUUCACUGCACUUUAAUCCUCUUUAAGGAAUAAAUCCAACCUACAGAAAACCUCACUUAAACCAGGAACAUUUUAAUGUUAUUUUUACAGUCUUGUUUUAUUGUGUUGGAGUGAAAAUCCCGGAACCUGUGGUUGUAGGUUUAUUUUAUCUCCCAGGACUCACUUUCAACUUCGUUUUACUCACUUUGCUUUCAAAUUACUUUUCACAUAAUCGCACUGGAGACUGGAGGGAAAUCUGCUGCUUCUGCUACAUUUUUGUGUUGUUUUUUCCACAUGAUACAUCUGCUCUAAUCACAUUUCCUGGAGGUGGUGAAAGGUUCCCCAGUUUCCCACUUCAUCACCUUUUGUUUCAAAUCAGAAUUUCCUUCAGAGGAAGGAGGGAAGAACCCUGAGGACUGCUUAUUUCCCAUUUUUUCCCCCAGACCUUUUACAGUUUUAAUUAUUUUCUUUAUCGUCAUCUUUAUUCUUGGAAGAUGGAGCAGAUAACUUGUACUUAAAAUCCUCUGGUUCCUUAGAGUCCAACAGUAGGAUGCGCCCUGGGGAACCUUGAAGUGCCUCAAAAACCCAAGGAACACUCUCAAAAUGUUGUAGGGUCUGUGGAGUACCCAGGAGAACCCUUUUGGAUCCUUAAAGCAUCUAUGACUAUUGUUUAAUAAUAUGAACAAUCCUGCAGGAAACCGCUCUGAGACCCUCUAGGAAGAAUCUGAAGGAACCCAGGAGGAGACUCUAAAGUGCCCAAAGAAACCCCAGAAGAACCCUAAUUACCCUUAAGACUCACAAGAAAGCUUUGAGAAAUGCCAGACAUCCUAGAGGAAUUUAGAAGAGCCCCUCUUAGAAACUGUAGAGGUACUCUGAAGACCCUGAGGAAAUGGGGGGAUUCUGAAAAUCUGGAGAAACUCUGAAGUAUCUCAAGGAACCCCAGAAGAAACCUAAGGCCCUUGAAGACUCUUUGGGGAGCUCUGAAGAUUCCUGAGAGAAUACGAACAGAACCUUGGAAACCCCUCUGAGAAACUCUACAGGGACUCUCAAGAUCUAGAGGAAAUCUUGGGGACUGCUGAGAAUCUGAAGAAACCCAGGAGGUAAGUCUGAAGGACCCUUGAGAUGCGUAAGAGAGCACAGAAGAAUGUUCUAGAGGACUUCUGAAGAACCCCUCUGAGAAACUCCUUUGAGACCCACAGGAAAUCUGGGGCCUGCUGAGAAUCUGGCAAAACUCUCAAGUAGCCAGAGGAACCCCAGAAGACUCUAAGACCCCUAUAAACUCUUUGAGAAGCUCUGAAGAAUGCUAUAAACCCCAGAGGAACCUUGAAGAACCCUUCUGAGAAACUCUAGUGGGACCCUCACGACCCUAUAGAAAUUCAGGGAGUGCUGUGAACCAGGAGGAAAAAGUGCCCUGAGGAACCACAGAAGAACUGUAAUGUACCUGAAGACCCUUUAGGAAUCGCUGAGGAUUGCUAUAGGUCUUAGAGGGACCCUGAGACUCCCCUAAGGAAUCCUAGAGGGACAUACAAGACCCUUGGAAAAGUAGGGGGUGGCUUAGUUCCUUGAGAAACCCAGAAAGUACCUUUUUUUUACAAAUCCUAGAAUUCACCAAGACUCAAGGAGCUGUUAAGGAAUCUGAAGGAACCCUGAGGAACACUGACCCUAAGGAAGCUGAAGCCCCUGAGGAUUCCAAGAGUUAAGUACUUUGAGGAACCCUAUAGGGAGCCUCAAGAUCCAGAGAAAAUCUGGGGACCACAGAGGAACCCGAAACACUCUAGAGGAACCCCUAGAGAACCAAUGGGCACCCUAAGGGACCUGCAGUAUGCCCUGCAGGAAAAGAUUGAGGAGCUGCGGCAGCGCGACACCCUGAUCGAUGAGCUGGAGCUGGAGCUGGAUCAGAAGGAUGAGCUGAUCCAGCGGCUGCAGAACGAGCUGGACAAGUAUCGGUCUGUGCUCCGGCCCGCCACCGCCCAGCAGGUCCAGGCCCAGCAGCAGGGCCUUGUCCUGCAGCCAGACCAGCACCGGAGCAAACGGCAGGCCAUCUCCGCCGAGCCCACCGCCUGCAACAUCAGCGACCUCAGCCACGUCACCCUGCCCUUUUACCCCAAGAGUCCACAGUCGAAGGACAUGAUAAAGGAGGCCAUCUUGGAUAAUGACUUCAUGAAGAACCUGGAGCUGUCUCAGAUCCAGGAGAUCGUGGACUGCAUGUACCCGGUGGAUUACGGGAAAGACGCCUGCAUCAUCGAAGAGGGCGACGUGGGCUCUCUGGUCUACGUGAUGGAAGAGGGGAAGGUGGAGGUGACUAAAGAGGGGGUGAAGCUGUGCACGAUGGGACCGGGCAAAGUGUUCGGAGAGCUGGCCAUCCUCUACAACUGCACCAGGACGGCCACCGUCAGGACUCUGAUCCACGUGAAGCUGUGGGCGAUCGACCGUCAGUGUUUCCAGACCAUCAUGAUGAGAACUGGACUCAUCAAACACGCUGAGUACAUGGACUUCCUCAAGAGCGUUCCCACCUUCCAGGGUCUUCCAGAGGAAACUCUCAGUAAACUGGCUGACGUCAUGGAGGAGACUCAUUAUGAAGAUGGAGAGUUCAUCAUCAGACAGGGAGCCAGAGGAGACACCUUCUUCAUCAUCAGCAAGGGAAAGGUGAACGUGACCCAGGAGGAUUCAGCCAAUCAGGAGCCAACGCACCUCAGAGAGCUCACCAGGGGAGACUGGUUUGGAGAGAGAGCGCUGCAGGGGGAGGAUGUCAGAACAGCCAAUGUCAUCGCUGCGGAGGCCGUCACCUGCCUGGUCAUCGACAGAGACUCAUUCAAGCAUCUGAUUGGUGGACUGGACGACGUUUCAAAUAAAGGAUACGAGGACGCUGAAGCCAAAGCCAAGUACGAGGCAGAGAACGCCUUCUUCUCCAGUCUGAAGCUGAACGACUUCAACAUCAUCGACACGCUGGGAGUCGGCGGCUUCGGACGCGUCGAGCUGGUGCAGCUGAAGAACGAGGAGGCGAAGACGUUCGCCAUGAAGAUCCUGAAGAAGCGUCACAUCGUCGACACGAGGCAACAGGAACACAUCCGCUCCGAGAAACACAUCAUGACCGAGGCGCACUCUGACUUCAUCGUCAGGUUGUAUCGGACGUUUAAAGACAGUAAAUAUCUGUACAUGCUGAUGGAGGCCUGUCUGGGAGGAGAGCUGUGGACUAUACUGAGAGACAGAGGUUCGUUUGAAGAUGCGACCACCAGGUUCUACACGGCCUGUGUGGUCGAAGCUUUCGCCUACCUGCACGCCAAAGGCAUCAUAUACCGAGACCUGAAACCUGAAAACCUCAUCCUGGACAGCCGGGGAUACGCCAAGCUGGUGGACUUCGGCUUCGCCAAGAAGAUCGGUGUCUGCAAGAAGACGUGGACGUUCUGCGGGACGCCGGAGUACGUCGCUCCGGAGAUCAUCCUCAACAAGGGUCAUGAUGUCUCAGCAGACUACUGGUCUCUGGGCAUCCUGAUGUACGAGCUGCUGACCGGCAGUCCUCCGUUUUCAGGUCCAGAUCCAAUGAAAACCUACAACAUCAUCCUCAGAGGCAUCGACAUGAUCGAGUUCCCCAAGAAGAUCACCAAGAACGCCGCCAACCUCAUCAAGAAGCUCUGCAGAGAUAAUCCCUCGGAGAGACUUGGAAACCUGAAAAACGGAGUCAAAGACAUCCAGAAGCACAAGUGGUUCGAAGGUUUUAACUGGGAGGGUCUGAGGAAGGGAACUCUGACUCCGCCCAUCACACCUGAUGUUUCCUCUCAGACCGACACCAGUAACUUCGACAGUUUCCCCGAAGACACAGACGAGCCGCCACCAGACGACAACUCCGGGUGGGAUUAUGACUUUUAGUCCAGCUUGCAUCCAAACACAAAGCCUGGCAUCCUACGGCUGGCGGUGAGGUCCACAUCUGAGAAGAAGAAGAAGAAGAAGACUUCUCACCAGGCUGAACAAAGACGAACUUCACGUGCCGUUUGGAGGAUGUUUUCACCCAGAGCACCUUACUUUGACUUUGCCUGUGUUGUUUUUAAGCGUGGCUGGACCCUGUGGGAAUCAAAUCCCCAAAGCUUUGUAGACACGUUGUGUCACCGAAUGUUGCGAGUGCCGAGUGUGCUGAAGGACUGGAAGCCUCUCACUGAUCAAACUGGUCGCGUCCGUCCCGUCUAACUGGAGGAAGCUUGAGCUGCCUGAACACCUGAUAGCGGGAAGAUGAGGUGACACAAACCACCUGUUCACUCCAACAGUUUGCCCCUGUCUCCAAGACCAGGGCCACUUGUUUAUCAGGUCUCUGAGUAGUAAAUAGGUCCUAGAAAUGUCAGUGUCUUUGAACUUUGGGUAUGUUCAUCCAUCAGCCGCCAGUCACACAGAGUGGGUCUUGCUUUAUGUCCCAUAUCUUGCUGCAAUUGCUUAUCUAGUCUUUAAGAGCAGGAAAUCAGUCCUAUGACUCUUACAGUAACACGUACCUGGUCCUUCUUUCCCCCCAGCUCCUCCAGAUUUCAGAGAGCUGUCAGAACAGCAGCCUGGAACGUAAUCGAUCAAUCGACAAAAAUGUGCCAACGAUGCAGAAAAGACAUUUUUGCGCUGCCAAGGAGUGACUCGGAGAAAUAUGAACCCAGAACAACGGCAGCUGAACUUUGGGUAUCUUCACCCAUCAGCAGUCAUUCACCCAGUACCGGCCUUGCUCUAUGUUCCAUAUAUUGCUGCAACACUGAUUGGACUGAUUAGUUAGUGAUGACAGCCAGAAACCGGCUGCUGAAACAGUCCGUGAAGCCACCAGAGGCCGAAGCUGGUGAAUCUAAAGGGGGUGAAGGGACAUUUUGUGGCUAAGUGCUUCCCCCGAGAAACAGACAAGGCCCUGUGUCAAAAUGUAGUUUUAGUACCGUAAAUAUUUCCGUUGACAUCGUGCCAACAUAUCCUUCAGCAUAUUUGUGUUUAGUCAAAUGGACAUACUGCAGACCUGCAGCAGGGUAGAUAUACUGGUUGGUUUCUCGGACUCUGGGCAGAUCAGCUUAUGGAUGGGGGCUCAAUGGGGCUCACAGCUCAUUUGUGCCUAAGGGCCCCCCUAGUAGGUUAAUCCAGCUCCGGCAACACAGGCUGGUGGAAAAUAAUCAGUUUACCUGUUUCCACAAGCUGAUAAGAGGCUUCGAAUCGUCCCUUCAGAUAACUCAUAAUGGCCUUUGCUGCUGUCAAGUGUUGAUCACUGGCUGACACUUGACCUUUGACCCCUUAGAGGGAGCCCAUACUUCAUACUACUACUGCUGCCUGUCCUGUGAUAGCUGCCGUUUGUGUUUAGCGGUGUGGAGGCGGUCCUGGAGGUCUAACCCUGUGAGCCCAGGUUUGGCUCUCUGAGAGCGGGCUGGAGGGGCGACGGUUGCAGAAGGAAUUUGUGGUCCGAGUGACGAACGGACGCCACAAACCACGGGAGGAAAAAUGAACUGAAGACUGAACAGACAAACUCGAGGUCACCAUGAUGCCUUCACUUCUCAUUUCAUUUUCGGGAACUUCAAAUCCAAAGACAGAAAGACAAAAAGUUUGGGUGUAGCAGCGGUGGUCCUCCUCAGCGGACGACGGGGAGGUGAUACAAACAUUUCUACUUUUAAACUUUCCUUUCUGUCAUUCUUUAUGUUGUGAAUAUUUGGGUCAAAGCAUGACAGCAGAUAUUUUGUACAUAUUUCCAAGACUUUCUUGCCUACACAUGUUUGCACACACCCACAUAUACACUCCACUCUCGCAGACACAUGCACGACUUUCCUAUCAGCUGUUUGUCAGAAGGCGUUUCGGGGUUGUUCCUGUUUUAUGUCUGACGCUCAUGAUAUA